AUGACCGAAGACGCAAUGGGAAAGCCCUUGGCUGCCUCAUCCUCGGAACAUGAGGAUGUCACCGUUGUCACCACCGCUGAAACGCGAGAUGCGCUCGGCCAUUCGGCCGUGGCGUACGGCCCGAAUGGGGUCCGAGGUCUCUUCUCAUCCGGUUAUGUGUUCGGAGCUGCAUUUUUGGCCUCCCUAGGUGGAUUUUCGUUCGGAUAUGACCAGGGAGUCAUCUCUAUAAUCAACGUGAUGGAUCAGUUCCAUGUGGCCUUUCCAGAAACUAAGACUGCAUUUGGCACCGGUUUCAUGACAGGAAUGCUGCUGCUAGGGGCGUUCGUUGGUUGUCUGUUUAUGCCGUACCUCGCCGACAAGGUAUCGAGAAAGUGGGCAUUGAGUACUGUCGUGGUGAUAUUUGAUAUCGGUGCUAUUCUUCAGACAGCUGCACAGGACUAUGCGAUGUUGGUCGCUGGCAGAGCAAUUGGCGGUAUUGGAGUCGGCACGUUGGCUAUGACGGCGCCCCUUUAUAUUUCGGAGAUCUCACCGCCAAACCUCCGAGGAACAUUGCUGGUGCUGGAAUCUGUUUCAAUCGUGUCCGGUGUCGUCAUAGCGUACUGGAUUACUUUCGGAACUCGACUUCUAGACGGUAGUAUUUCCUUCCGACUACCUCUUGGUCUGCAGAUGGUAUCAGCCACAUUGCUGGGCAUAGGUAUCCAUCUCUUCCCGUAUUCUCCCCGAUGGCUUGCUCUCGUGAACCGCCGCCCGGACUGCCUGAUCAGCUUGGCCAAGCUCCGAAACCUCCCAUCUACAGAUGAGCGCGUGCAGGCUGAAUAUCACGGCAUCCUCGCCGAGAUUGAGUUCCAGCGCCUAGUGGAAGAAAGAAAGCACCCCGGCGUCAAGGGCUGGAGGCUGGAGUUGCACAGCUGGGUGGACCUACUCAGCAAAAAAAACUGGCGCCGGACGUCUGUUGGUGUGGGUGUGAUGUUCUUCCAACAAUUCUCGGGGAUCAACGCUUUCAUUUACUACGCGCCUACCUUGUUCCGGUCCCUUGGACAGUCAAAUGAGAUGUCAUUGAUCAUGUCCGGGAUUUUCAAUAUCCUGCAGCUGGUUGGAGUAUUCAUCUGCAUUGCAACCAUUGAUAAAGCUGGGCGUCGGCCUCUUGCCAUUAUUGGCGGAUUUGGUUGUGCUACGUGCUACAUCAUCAUUGCGAUUUUGAGCGCGCUAUACUCGCACAACUGGCCUGCUCAUCUAGAAGCAGGAUGGGCAUGUGUCGCCUUCGCUUUCUGUUUCAUUAUCGUGUUUGGAGUAUCCUACUCUCCUCUAGGAUGGGCGCUUCCUUCGGAGGUCUUCACAACAUCAACUCGAUCAAAGGGGGUCGCCCUAUCCACUUGCGUUAAUUGGUUGGCCAAUUUCGUCGUCGGGGUGGCUACCCCCCCAAUGAUGGAAACUCAAGGCUAUCGGACAUACGUCUUCUUUGCGGUAUGGUGCUUCUUGGCUGGAAUAUGGGCGCUACUAUUAGUUCCAGAGACGAAGGGCAAAACGUUGGAGGAGAUGGACGAAAAGUUCGGAGACGUACAGGGACUUGAAGAGAGUGAGCUAAUGCGAACUGCUGUUGCUUCCGCAAGACAGGACACAGUGAUGUUGGAGCGGGAGAUCUAA